ACAGUAUCUGAACGGCCAUGGUUGAAUCUGUAAAAGGCUCGGCCUUUUUAUUGGGAUGUGUGAGAGCUCUGACGUAGAACGUCGAAGACAAAAGAAAAGAAAGGUGGCGUGCGGUUAUGUAGUAAUUCGGGGUAAAUAGCGUGUGGUUGUUUCUUUCUUUUUAACCUCAAACUUCACAAUGCACGAGAACUCAAACGCAGCCUGCUGCAACUUCUGUAACUGCAACAGCUACAGCUACAGAAUCUGUCCAUUUCCCAAUAAAUAUUCACUAAAAUUUUCAAACCCCACAUUGUUUCGCUUCACACUAAUCUAUCAAGAUUAAAGUCAAGUAAAGUAAUGAGCUUUCUCUCUUUCUAUCUCUCUCUUGUUCAUCUGCCAAAUGUAAACCCGACUAAAUGCCAUUUUUAAGCCCCUAUUUCGAUGUUUUGAGCAAAAUCCCAGAAAAACUUUGAUACCGGUGGCUUUUAGAUUGCAGACAAAGGGGGAGGGCUAAAACCGUCUUCUUUUUCUUCUUUAUUUUUCUUCUUUUCCCGGGAUGGAGUAUGCCACCACUAAACCCUCUAAACCCUCUUCAAACAUAUCAGAAAUGGUCUCUAAAUUUACAAAAGUUUGCAAACUGAGAUCCAUUGGUGUGUUUUCCAAUGAAAACCCAAAUCAGAACCCCCACCGUUAUCACCGCAGCCUGAAUGACAACAAUAUUCAAUCAGUGGGUGAAGAUAGCAGUGAUGCCACUGAAGAAACAGAGUGUGCUGAUGAGAAAAUCCAUCCACAGCCUGCUGUAGUUCCCGUCAAAGCCAAUAUGUAUGGUGGAGACUUCAUUCUUCAGUUAUUUGAAUCGAUUUCUGCCAUGAAAUUAGCUUAUAUUCAGCUUCAGGAAGCUCAUGUUCCUUAUAACCCUGAUAAGAUUAUAGCUGCUGAUGAAUGUGUUGUGGCUCAACUUGAAGCACUUUGUAAGAUCAAGCGCAGUUUUAAAGAGAAACAAUUCAUUAAAGCCAAGCCUGAUUCCUCUUAUGUUGAUUGUGUACAAGCUGAAAUUGAAGUUAAUGAGAAGCUGUUAGAGAAACUAAAGACCCAAAAAAGAUUUAAAGAUGCUGAGAUUGUUCAUUUGCGACAACAACUCCAUGAUUUGGAUUUGGGGAAUGCCAUCUUGGUAGAGAAGGUAAGACAGAAAAGUUUGGAGAGAAAAAAUGUGAGGGCUUUAAAUAUUGCCAUGUUUCAGGACACCUUUAUAGCAGCUUCAAAGUCUAUUCAUGAUUUCGCAAAGCCAGUAAUUAGCUUGAUGAAAGCUUCAGGUUGGGACUUAGACCAGGCAGCCAAUUCAGUUGAACCUGGGGCUGUUUACUCCAAAAGGUCUCAUAAGAAGUAUGUGUUUGAGGCCUACAUUGCGCGAAGAAUGUUUCAUGGGAUAUCACUUAAAUCCUACAAUGUCGAUGAUGUUAUGAGGUUUGAUGAUCCCAUUGAUUCUCUGAUAGAAAAUCAUAAUUCAGGUUUUGCCAAGUUCUGCAGAAAAAAGUACUUAUUUGUUGUUCAUCCAGUAAUGGAGAUGUCCUUCUUUGGUAAUUUGGAUCAGAGGAUGUUUGUAUUGGGUGGCAAGCAUCCAAGGACACCAUUCUAUCAAAUAUUUGCAAGAAUGGCAAAGUGGGUUUGGGUUCUAAAGGGGAUUGCAACCUCAGUUGAUCCCAAAGCCGAAAUAUUUGCUGUGAGUAGGGGAAGCAAAUUCUCAGAUGUUUAUAUGGAAUCUAUAGAAGGGGAAGAGACAUUCAUCCCUAAUGGAGAACAGUCUGAUAUCAAAGUCGAGUUUAUGGUGAUGCCUGGGUUCAGAAUUGGAGACACAUUGGUGAGGUCGCAGGUUUAUCUUUCGGAAGUGAAGCCAAUUUGCUGUGCAUGAUAGAUGGAGGUGCUCUAAUGACGGGUAACCUUGCAAAACUAAUUCUGUUAUUUUGAACAUGUCAAUUCCUAGCUAAGUUAGUUUAGAGCUACUAUUUUUGUUUUUGAGAUUAUAGCUAGGUACAAUGUGGUGGCUGGUGGGAUUAGAAAACUAGAAGCUCAAAGCUUGUACUUCUUACCCGUCGUUUCUUUUACAUCUAUAAUUGUCAUAAGCUGCAAAAGUUUUGUUGCAUGCUUCUUGAAUUGUAAAUAGAUAUCUACUUGUUGAUGCCAUUAUAUUUAUUCCUUCGUUA